AUGAAGGUUCACCCGGCGCCGAGGAAACGCAACAUCACGCUCCGCUACGACGUCGCUUCUCUGCUUGGUGAGGCCAACAGCUGCCGGCAGAAGAAGCUGCGGCGGCUGCCCCACAUCUUCGCCAAGGUUCUAGAGCUCCCGUUCCACUCCGACGCCGACGUGUCGAUCGACGAGACGCCCGUGUCGAUCCGAUUCACCGCCGCCACGGACGACUUCAGCGGCGAUAUCAGGGCCGACACCGUCGCGAUCUACCCCGGCGUCACGAAGAUCGUCAUCCGAGGAAACGGCGUCGUUGACCUGUCGGGGACCGACUUCGAGCUCGAUUUGUGGCGGUUCCGCCUGCCGCCCUUCACUCGGCCGGAGCUCGUCUCAGCCGCUUACGAGGACGGCGAGUUAGUGGUGACCGUGCCGAAAGGGGCGGCGCAGGACGAGGACAGCCUUGUAAUUCUACACUAAUUUCUAAUUCAUUCUCACCUUCAUUUUUCAUUUUCAAUUUCAAUGAAUCUAAGCUUAUUUCA